GCAAAGAGCUAUAAGCCCAUCCCAGAAUUUCAUCUUCGUCCCCCUUCAGUGCUCUCGUCUCUUCCUCCUACCACCUACCGCACCCGCCAGCUCCUAGCAACCGCUGCCAAAUCACACGUCCUCCGUUUGUUGGGUAAACCCACGCUCCCGAAAGGAAGGACAAUGGCUGAGCUUACCGCGGCCCGAUAUGGGAAGGACAAAGUUCGGAUCUUCCGUGUUGUCCGUUCAGUCAAGGGCGAUCCCCAGGCAUGGCAUGAUGUCGUCGAGUACAAUGUGAAGGCGCUGCUGGAGGGGGAUAUCGCUGCGAGCUACACUAAGGCGGACAACAGCGUUGUCGUGGCUACCGAUUCGAUCAAGAACACAUGCAACGUGUUCGCAAAGACGUCACCGCACGUGUUGCAUCCCGAACAGUUUGCGCUCGACCUCGGCGUGCACUUUGUCACUACUUACGCACACAUCCAUAAGGCGUUCAUCGAUAUCGAGCAGCUGAAGUGGUCGCGAAUCACCGUCAGCAAGGACGGUCAGCCGCACAGGCACUCAUUUGUCCGUGAUGGGGAUGAGAAGCGGCUGACGUCUGUGGAAGUCGACGCUACGAAAGGCAAGAAUGCGAUCACCGCCAAGGUCACGUCGGGCUUGUCCGGCUUGCUUGUGCUCAAAAGCGGCGGAUCGGCGUUCGAGGGCUUUGUACGCGAUGAGUGGACAACUCUAGUUGAGGUCGACGAUCGUAUCUUCUCAACCGAGGUGGAUCUCUCGUACACCUUCGCAUUGCCGGUCGAGGCCCUGACGGCCGCGGGGAUUGCCGCGCUGCAGGAUAAGGUAGGUUUUGACAAGGCGUCGGAGAGCGCGAAGCAGAUUACGCUCGAUUUGUUUGCCACGGAUGAGUCUGCCUCGGUUCAGGCUACGCUGUUCAAGAUGUGCAGCGAGAUCAUCGCUGCGAGCCCGAGUGUGGAAAGUGUAUCCUACAGAUUGCCUAACAAGCACUACAUCCCUGUCGAUCUGGGUUUCAAGGGACUGGCGAAUCUGAAGCCUGUAGACGCAGAGGUGUUCUGCCCAGUCGCAGCACCGAGCGGUCUCAUCACCGCUACUGUCAGUCGCAAGCACUAGGAACCCGGCGGAGAUGCAACAAACUGGUCUGGUGAUCAGGGUCUGGGGAUUCCUAGGACUUGAGGGUCUCAGGGAUAUUGUAUUGUUGGCUGCAAUAGAAACAAGAUUUUGGGAGCACGAGGAGCAGGAGGCGGGAAAAGCGGGAGCGUGUAACAAGGCUAAACGAAUGAAAGUGAAAUGU